AUGAUCAAGAGAAAUUUACUUUCUCCCCAGCCCCUAAAUCAUCUCACCUUCAAGUGGAGUGAUGGCACAGAGAAAGCCAGAGCCCUGGCCCCCGCUUGCCACCUUCUUAACCAAACAAGAGGCACGCAUCCCAUGCCCACCCGCCCGCCCGCCUCCAGCCUGCCGCCCACUAAGGAGAUUACAGCCGGGGCUGACGGGUAUCAAUUACACCACCUUAUGUGGUGGGAUGAGGGAGUGGUGCCCUGGGCCCUGUGACUAAUGGCCCUGGGUUGGAGACACCCUGCCUGCAGACACCCUGCCUGCAGCUGGAGAUCAGGGAGCUAGCUGCCACUCCGGGUAGGCAGGACCUACUGCCAGAUGCUGGGGGCUGAUUGGUGCACACUCCGACUUGUCAGUUCACUGGCCUGAGAUACAGAGCAACAGUGUAAGGUUUAUUACUCCAAACAGUGGAUUAUCUGGCUCUGUCAAGUCUUUAUAUCAUUCAGUAAUGCUUUUUAUCUGUGUGGGUCAAAUGCAAAAGAAGAGGCAUGGUAUACUAGCUCUGGAAAGUAGCCGAAUGUCUCAAGGUUUGCCAUUGUGUUUGUGUAGCUGUUCAUACAGCAUGUGGUCUUAACUGUGUUGUAUUGAUAGUGAGCUGUGUAACGUGUGUGAGCAUACAGAGACGGGGCAGGCCGGCCCUUCAAAAGAGAGUGAUGUGUUUGUAAACUACGCUAAUGAAACAGGCCCCGUGCCCCGGCUGUACCCAGAACAGUGGUAAUGUCAGGAGAAGAUAAGCAAAUUGCACCUGUAUCAUAUUGACUUGUCAAGGUUAAGCAGUGACAAGCAGGGGAGGAGUGGGAGGUGAAAACUCUCCGUCCUCUCACUCCUUCCUUUGACUGCUGAGGAAGGUGGAGGAGGGGAGAAAAAAGGAGAGGAAAGGGGGAGGCUGCCCUGCUCCAACCUUCAAACAAACACAGUACAGAUGAGAUGGCAAUCAGGAGCCAUAGAGAGAGAGAAAGAGAGAGAGUAUAGACAACAGAACAGUCAUGGGUUUGGCUUUCUCCUCUCAUUUAGAUUUGAUUUGAUUUAGCUCCACAGGAUCUAAUUAUGGCAGAGAAAAUCCCUUUGGAGUUUUCUCCGCCAUAUUGAGGAUGUCAUGAUUUGAGAAAUGGCUGUGAGAUAUUAAACAGACCUGUGUGCGUGAGUGUUUUAUGGAUGCACAUCACAGUGAGCAAUAAUGACAUUGGAUAUCCUAUUUGAAUGGUAAUAAAAACUGUCUAAGCAUCUGUGUGCUUAUGUUUUAAGGCCUAUGGAAAUAUAACGGCAGUGCAAAUACAAUGUGUAUAGGAAUAUUGGAUUUAAAUCACUGAGUAAUAUAUUAUUUGUAAAACAGAAAAGUAUGUUACACACUUUCACAGUAUCCCAAAUGAUCUAGUCUCAUGAUAAUUGUCAUAGGGCUUCACCUUCAUUGUAAUGGGGGAUCUCAAAUUUGCAGGGAUUAAGACAGUCAGCAUCUUUCCUUCCCCUAAAACGAUGAGAGGUGCACUAUCUCCACACCAGCCCCCCUGCUGCAGGAGGAUUUAAAAGGUUAAAAGACUAGUCAGCAAUUACCCUCUGUUCAUUUGAGGUAAGCUGUAAAACACAAUCCCAUUACAGCUGCAGACAAAUGCCAGACACUGCAUCUACAAAGGAAGUGGCUAUCGCUUACCUCUCACUGCACCAGCUGCCUUUUACUAUCCUGCCUGGAAACAGCUCCUUUGGCAAAGGAGAUCAGAGGAAUGGGAUUUAUUGUCUGUUGUUUACUUGUUUCUCUCUCUGUGUGUGUGUGUGUGUGUAUGUGUGUGUGUGUGUGUGUAACAACAGAACUCUGUGUUCGUCAAUCUGAGAUAGUCCAGAAAGUGUCAGAGUGACAUUUACUGCACAUAUUGCAGGGAAACAGCUAGGCAGAGCACACCAUCUACAAAGUAGUCCCCUUUGACUCCAGCACUCAACAAAUCAGAGCUGAUGGGCAUGCUGGAGAGGGGGCACUGACACAGAGCUCCUUAAGAGCCCUAGUGUGCCCCAGGAAUGUGGCAGAGUAAGGCCAGGCAGGCAGCAGAAUAAGGGGAUGUCUGGGGUUCGUCUAGGGCCCCGCCCAAUGUCUCCUCUAUUAAAACUACAGUACUAACUUUAGACUUAUAGAAUGCUCUCAAAUGAUGAGAGAUGGCCAAAAACUGAUGAACUUCCUCUAAUUCUUUCAGGUUAUUGAUCUCCAACCCCAAAGAGUUAGGUUGGUGUGUGGGGAUACCAACUCAAUAGAAAAUUAGUCCUGGGCGUUUAAGUCAUUAGAUAAUACUUCCCGUAUUAGUGGGGUAGGCAGUGUGGUUGGCAGGCAGAUUUACAGCACUCUGUGUGGCAGGCAGGCCAGGCAGCUUGCGGUAACGCGGGGGACGUUAACUCCACUCAUUAAACAGAGGAUGUCAUCACUCUGCGCCACCGCUGGACGGUACGUGUCACACGUAUCCGCCAUAGACCAGCUUCUGUCCAGCACAGUCCACAACAUCCUCUAAAUCUGUCAUCGCAGCCCAGACCUGCGACCCAAAAUUGGCCAUGCCACCCUGCUUUAGGUAGAGGACAUGUGGGGGUGUGUUUGUGCGGGUGGACAUGUGUGAGCAUUUAGGCAUGUGUAUGGCUGUAUGGGACAGCGCUCGGCACACGGCGGCCGGUGCACAUGGUCCGAGGUGUGGGCUUGGCGCUCAUUACAGACCCGCUGCUGUACACUGACCAGAUAAGCAGAGCAAGACAAGAUAAGAGAACACUUCUGUCUACACAUAAAUGCAGCCAGCCACAGAGACAGUCAAAGCACUACAUUAAAAUCCCUUUGAAAUGUCUUCAUUUUUUAAAAUAAGGAAUAAUAUUGUCCUUGUGUGUUAGGUGUUCAUAAGCUUACAUAUACACUGAGUGUACAAAACAUUAAGGAACGCCUGCUCUUUCCAUGACAGACUGACCAGGUGAAAGCUAUGAUCCCUUAUUGAUGUGACUUGUUAAAUCCACUUCAGAGGGUGAAUGGGCAAGACCAAAUAUUUAAUUGUCUUUGAACGGGGUAUGGUAGGUGUCAGGUGCACCGGUUUGUGUCAAGAACUGCAACACUGCUAGGUUUUUCAUGCUAGAAAUGGUCCACCACCCAAAGGACAUCCAGCCAAUUUGACACAACUGUGGGAAGCAUUGGAGUCAACAUAGGCCAGCAUCCCUGUGGGGGUGGUGCAAUUCAAUAUUAGGAAGGUGUUCUAUAAUGUUUUGUACACUCACUGUAUAUCUACAUUGAAAAAUCUAAAUUGGUGAACGUUUGCCGUGUGGUGGAAUUAGGGGAGAUCAGUUGAAAUACUAAUGAGAGAGUAAUUUAUUAGGUGCUGAGGAUUGGAUGUUACGUUAAUUCUAACUUUAAACAAUUAUUGCUAGAAGAGAUAUAUUACUGUGUUGUGUGCUACCAACACCCACCAAUACAAUGGAACUUUAAUUUUAUUGCAUUUACACAGGCUGCUUAUGUUAUAUGGGGUACUUACUGUGUGUACGUGUAUGACUAUUGAUACUGUAUAUAGCACAUAAAAGUAACAAAAUGUGUUUUUAUGCAUAAAUCAACAGAUCCUUGCUUUUUUCAUUCCAUGCACUGACAUCAUUUUCUUAGAUCUCUGUGUUUUGCCUGUAAUGUCAAUGUUUUGCCUGCAUUGAGAGAGAGAGCACAAGAGAGCAAGAGAGAGAGAUGUUUGAUCUGCUUCGACAUCAUGCAUAUGGCUCCCUCCUAGGACGUUUUGAAGUAUUGCACUAUUUGAAGAGUAUUUACUUUAUCCAUUUACUCAAAUGUAAUUCCCAGUGACAGAUAUGAACUAUGUUUUACAAUAAACUUCUUCCUUAGUGAAUUACCAAAAGGCAUAGAGGGGCAAUGUUACUACAGCAAUCUAAUUUAGCUCAACAAUUGUAAUGUUUAUAGACUACAAACACAUGAAUAAGAAUGGGAGAAAAUACUAUGUAAAAAAUUAAAUGUACAUUGAACAAAUAUAUUAAAUGCAGCAUGCAUGAGUUACAGUUCAUAUAAAGGAAAUUAGUCAACUGGUAUAAAUUAAUUAGGCCCUAAUCUAUGGAUUUCCCAUGACUGGGAGUACAGACAUAGCGGCAGGAAGUGGUUUGGGGGUGCCAUAUUGGUCUGCUAAUACAGGACUAUUAAAGGCCCAGUGCACUACCCAGUGCACUACUUUUAUGAAAAAAAUAUUUGUAUUCCGAUUUUUCAGGUGGUGCUGCAGCACCCUCAGCACUCCUACUUCGCGCGGCUAUGAAUACAGAUAUGCAUCUGUUUCAGGGGAGGACCAUCCUCCUCAGUGAAUUUCAGAAUAAUGUAAAUAGGGAAACAUUUAAAAAGUUAUCCUUUUUAGAUAAAACUAUACUAAAUAUAUUCAUGUCACCAAAUAAUUGAUUAAAACACUGUUUUGCAAUGAAGGUCUACAGUAGCCUCAACAGCACUCUGUAGGGUAGCACCAUUGUGUAGCCAGAGGACAGCUAGUUUCCAUCCUCCUCUGGGUACAUUGACUUCAAUACAAAACCUAGGAGGCUUGUGGUUCACCCUAUUCCAUGGACUUACAAAGUAAUUAUGACAACUUCCAGAGGACGUCCUCCAACCUAUGAGAGCUCUUGCAGCAUGAACUGACAUGUUGUCCACCCAAUCAAAGGAUCAGAGAAUGAAUCUAGUACUGAAAGCAGUUGACUCAAAGAGAGAGAAAGACAAUAGUUGAACAGUUUUGAACAAAAAUAAAUGAAGGAGAAGCAAGAGAGAGAAAGAGCUAGCUAUAUUUCAUAUUUUUUUCACUUAAUUAGCUAGCGAAUGCAGCUAGCUAGUUUAGCCUCCUUAAACACCCAGCUCAAACAGAGAAGGAUGCUAUGUUAGCUAGCUGGCUAUGACUCUCCAACACUGGAACUCUUCCAAGUCAAGGUAAGCUUUUGGUUUUAUUAAUUUAUUGCCACCGGGGCCCGCCGGUGUAACCGCUAAACUCCCUGCUGACUGUACUGCAUUGUAGAGGGUUUACUAACACGUUAGUUCUAGUAGCCAUGUUGACUGACGUUAUAAUAUGGUGACAACGAUGUAGGCUGUGUGUAGCAGUUAGCAGUUAUGAUAUGAAGGUUUGGCUUGGAAAGGUUUUUUCGCCUGGUCACAGACAGCUGAUGUGUUGUGCACUGAAGUCCACAAGCGAAGGGAAAAGGUGAGAGGAGGAGAGGAGGAGAGCGCGUAGAUGCAAGAAGAAAUUAUACAAUGAUCAAAGGGACCAUGCAGUAUGUAUGUGGCAGCUAUGAAGGUGAACUGUGUUUGCAUGUGAUCAGGGGUGUAUUAAUAGGUUGUAGAAACCUCAUGAUGGGUAUAGGGAAAAUUUGAGUAUCAUGUAGUAGCCUAAACCUAUUGAUGGUUACAUUGAGCUGAGUGAAUGGAAAAUGAAUGACAGUCAUCCAAUAUUCUGUAAUAGAAAUAAGGCCAUGCUUAUAAAAACAAUAAUCGUCCUCCCUCAUCUUAAACCGCACCAACCGCUACUGAUCUGUUGGUACAGAUACUUUUAAAAAAGGUAGUGGCAUGGAUCAGAAAACCAGUCAGUAUCUGGUGUGACCACCAUUUGCCUCAUGCAGCAUGACACAUCUCCUUCGCAUUGAGUUGAUCAGGCUGUUGAUUGUGGCCUGUGAAUGUUGUCACACUCCUCUUCAAUGGCUGUGCAAAGUUGCUGGAUAUUGGGGAUACAGUUUGUGCAAAAAUUAUUCGGUUGUGCAAACCCACAGUUUCAUCAGCUGUCCGGGUGGCUGGAUGUGGGAUGUCCUGGUGUGGUUACACGUGAUCUGCGGUUGUGAGGCCGGUUGGACGUACUGCCAAAUUCUCUAAAACAACGGAGGCGGCUUAUGGUAGAGAAAUGAACAGUCAUUUCUCUGGCAACAGCUCUAGCGGACAUUCCUGCAGGCAGCAUGCCAAUUGCGCGCUCCCUACAAAACUUGAGACAUCUGUGGCAUUGUGUUGUGUGACAAAACUGCACAUUUUAAAUUGUCCUUUUAUUGUCCCCAGCAAAAGGUGCACCUGUGUAAUGAUUAUGCUGUUUAAUCAGAUUCUUGAUAUGCCACACCUGUCAGGUGGAUGGAUCAUUUUGGUAAAUGAGAAAAGCUCAAACAGGAAUGUAAACAAAUGUGUGUACAAAGUUUGAGAGAAAUAAGCUUUUUGUGUGUAUGGAACAUUUCUGGGAUCUUGUUUCAGCUCAUGAAACAUGGGAGCAACACUUUACAUUUUGCGUUUAUAUUUUUGUUCUUGGUGAAAAUAAAAUAUAUUUUUUAAUAAAUCGGACAUACUGAAAAUAAGAUUGAAAGCAAAGUAGCUGCAUAUUUUAUCCCUGUUAAUUGAAAAUGUGUCUUACUGGGGAAGAGAGAUCAAAACGAGAGAAUGUGAUUUUUCCUUCCGCGGCCACUUCUCUGCACAAGUAAUCAAACAACAACACUUGCCCCCCAAUUCCCCCUCCAUGAUACAUGUGUAAAUAUUGUACUAAAGAUUGUGCCUUCCCUACCGAGCCAUUGGCUUUAUGUUCAUAUUCUAAUAUUUUAUUAUUUCUUAUUGCUGUUGCAUUGUCGAGAAGGAACCUGCAAGUAAGCAUUUCGUUGGACAGUGUAUACCAUGUGUAUCCUGUACAUCCGACUUAUAAAACUUAACUAGAAACAUUAGGAAAAUUUUUUUUGAUGAAUAACAGGUGGAUUAUGACAUAUUUACUACCCUAUUGAGGAACUUUGAUGUCCAUGUGGCAUUCAUUACUUGAAUAAGAUUUUAAAUAGAUUAUGAACUUGAUAAUUAUGUAACAGACAUGUUUAUGACUGCUAGUGGACAUUAGCUAAAUAAAACCGGUGUACCAAUAACAGAUGUAAAACAGGAUUAAAACACGACGCAAUCGUUCACUUUAUCUGUAUUGCUUAAUAAUUUCAGUGUCUGGAGAAAGACUGGAAUGUUGACUUAGGUACAUAUGCAACAGUAGCAUUGGCUAUAAGGCUAAUUGUGAAUUAGAGCCAGCCCAUGUUCCUAUUUCAGCACACAGAAACAAUAUGCAUUAACGAUAGCAGUGAACUAUUUCUGCAACCCAACGUGUGGAGUGUGUAUGUGUGCGAAACACCCAUUUGUGAUGGCCAGGUGAGCAGGUCUUUAUUCAGCUGGCCCAUCCUGAUGUAGAUAGUGUUUAUUGUAUCCAAGUGGUGCCGUUAGAGAUUGUGUCUACUGAUAUUUGGCUGUUGCUUUUCAUCCAAUAAAUUGGCCCUCUCCGCUCGUCAUCAACAGUGCAAUCAUUCUCAGUGAUGCUAGAGCACCGGGGAGGAAAGAAGAGGCCCUCCAAGAUGGAUGUGUGUUAUUGUUUGUGUGAUGACAGUGGGUUUCAAUCAGGUCCUCUGCGCUCUAAUCCCAGGUAGAGCUGUUGAGAUGCUGAGUCAGGUCCUGCUUCAUCGAUCCAUCACCCCAGGCUAGCGGUGGGCAGGUGUAGUCCCCUUCUCCCUGGAGACACAGGAAACACCUGCCCUGCUCUCCUCGGGACAUCAUCAUCCCUCCAUUCCUUUGUCUCAGGCUGCUGGGAGCUCAACGUCGCCAAGCAGAAACUGUGAAAGCAGCACUUUUGUGCUCGUUUGUUUGUCUGUACAGAAGAAUUAGGGAAGGGAGUGUGGCUGUCCCUCGCCUCCCACACCUGUUCCCCCACCCCUACCUCUCUCGCCCAGGAAGAACGGAAAUGCACUGAAUGGACCGCACACACAACUGCUUCAGAACUGCCUGAAUCCGUGCAGGGCAGACCACAUACAUCUGUAGAAUAAACCUCAAUGACACCACACUGUAAUUACCAAUGCAUUUCAUCUUUAUCUUAUGACAUAACCCCCCAAUUUUUCAAAGCGAAUGCUCUUUCAAUACAGCUUUUAAGACAAUUACUUUGAUAGUGUGGUAAGAGAAUGAGCAGUGGUUAUAAUUACAUUUGAAGCUAGUAAAAGGCCAGUGAGGGGCGAGAGUAUAUGUUUCUCCUGCAGCAGGUAGUCAAUUAGAGGCAGAGGGAGACUGUGCAGCAGUGCAGUCCUCUCCUCUGUUGCUCCUCCACUGAGGUGCUGUAAAUAAGGUUUUAUUACAGCACACUAUCUGCUUCUCCUACAUCAAUAGCCCAAUCCAUUCCAAUGUAAUCACUUCUUCACCUUCUAUUUCUCAUUGAGACUAACAAUAAAGGUCAUGGUUGCCACUUUAAAAUGGCCACCUUCUUGGCCAGAUUAAAGAAAUAAUGACUGCCUCUUUGUUCAUUUUUUAUGUAGCUGGAUUCCUCUGCUUUACACGCCAAGAGUUAUCACGUGUUGCCGCUGACAAACUAAAGGGAGAGAACGACCCAAACUGCUUUAUUACUCCCAGAGAGCUCUGUGAAGAUGGCUGCCAUUAUCUGUCCAUAUUUAGAAAGGAGAGAAAAAUGGUCCUGAGUCCAGUCUUGGCCUGAAGCUCAUUAAGAAGGCUUUACCAGCGCCAUCUUGCCUGUAUCAAUAGACAAUAUGGCGGAGACCAUGUAUCAGUCUACACAGAUCAUUCAAUACAGCAAAUUAAAUUGAGCAAAUUGAUUUAAUAUUCUAGGAAACUCCCAACCAUUGCUAUUCCUUUAUCAGUCCAUACAGAAGGUCAUUUCUUUAUGAGGACGUUUAAGGUAAAUUGCUUUGUCUUCCAAAUCCUCUGAGGCUUCAUGUCCUAGUAAUAGACGUAAAGCAGCGUGAAGUAGAUUAAGCAAAAAACAUCAUGCUUUGUUAGUCCCACAAACAUACAAAGUCGCUUUGUGGCAAACUAAUAUGAACAUUGGAUUUGCACAUCACAGGCAAUUCAUUUCAAUGCAGAAAACCUGAACCUCCGAAGUCAAAAAAACAUUCCAUAAACGAUAUACAGCCUGUUUGAAGCAAAAGGUGAAGGGAAACUGUAUCUUUGGCAGAUAGAGUAACACUUCUGCUUUUCCCAGACAACUUGGAACCGUAAAGAGGACAUAUUCCACGUUGAAUAAAUGGUAUUUUACAAAAUACAGACAUGGAGUGUGGAAGCAGUUUUCGGCAUAGCAGGACACCAAACUCAUCAGCCAAAAGAGCAAUUCCCUUAUGUUGAAUACUUUAUGCAGUGCUAUAAACAUGGAGUGUACAUGUGGAGCCCAAUGGCUCUGGUAAAACUAUUGAUAUGAGUCCAUGUCUUUGGUGUUUGGCCUUGGAGGGGAGACCACGCUGAGCUGUUUAUGAGCCUCUUGAACAAAGAAUGUACAGUGAUCUGACGUUCCAUAAAAUUCCAAAGGCAUUUUAUCGAUGAUUAAUGUGAUUCAAUCAACAAAUCUGCAUGCAAAUUGUGGGAAAUGUUGCUUAGCCCUGGGCUAAAGAGGCUCUAGGCCUGGACUAAGUCAUAAAAUUGUGUGGUGUGAAAAGCCGCACUGUAAUUUUCUUCCCUUAUUAGAAACUAUUAACUGUUUGCCUAAAGCUUAUCUGUUUGUCUGAAGCUUGUCUGUCAUCAGUAGCUCUCAGCCAGUGAGGUCUACAGUUGUUUGCAGAUCACUCACAUAUUCACGACACACACAGGCCCCAAAAACAAAGCCACAAAUGCUACCUUUAGCUCCCAAUAAGUUGUAGUUACACCACUGAUUCUAUUUUUAUUUGGUGUGAUUUACACCCAUUUCCUCCAUGCAAUAGUACAGGAAACAGAUGCUAGGAAUUGUUCUUUUCCUAAAUUCCUGGGAGAGAGAGUCUGGUCAACACUGAUGUGCGGGCUUGGCUUUGUACUCGCAUGAGAAGGGGUGGUAGACAGUGACUAGAUUGACUCCCUGGUUUCCCUGCUCUGAAUCUCCAUUUCCUCACAGUUUCCACUUGCGUAUGUCCGUUUGCCCAAAGCCAGGUUGGCCAUGCUUUAUGGCAGGCUUCCCUCGCGGAACCACCGCUGCGUUUUCCCAGGACAAGGUCAAGACUCGCCCUCUGCUUCUGCUGCGACAGAGACAGGUGAUGGAUGUGACGGCUGUUCCCAUACAGAAUAUGAGCUGAAUACAGAUGCAUGGAAUAAAGUGGUCAACAUACUCUGUUUAGACACAGUUUUAGGGUAAAUCAUUAUUAAAAGGGAAAUAAUUAAACACCCUGGAAUAUUGGUGUGGGUGAAAACCACAGUUUGUAACAAUUCCAGUAAGUUUAAGUACGGAACGUUCCUUGAGUCAGGAAAUAAAUACUUACCUAAGGAUACAUUAAGGACCUAUUACUACUAUUUAUGAUUUUGAAACCAAAUGAUGAAUUGUAGGCUAUGGCUUCAAACCAUGUUUACAAUAGGUAAUGUGGCUCUCUUGGAACGUGAUUAGGCUACAACGACAACAUAUAUUUAAUAGAAUUGCUAUUUGCACAUGAAAAUGUUAUGGGAUGCUUUGAUCAAUUGUUGUAUUUUUGUUGGUGGCCCACUCUUUGAUGGUAUGCACAGUACGCAUUUACAGAGUGUGGCAUCAACCCAAUAAUAAUACUCCAGCCACAAAUCAUUACUUUCAUGGGCAAGAGCUCCAUCUAGAGGACUUUUGACAUUUGAGGGAAUGUUUUGACAUAGGUUUAGGGCAGGCUAUGCAGAACCCUGCUGAAAAUGACACUGACACUACAACCCGUUAUUGUGGACCAUCCAAACUGUACACUCAGUGAUUUUGAAGCCAAUUUGUUCACCAGUUUCAAUGAUGGUUCAAUCACGUAUUAAUGUGGUAUUACUGAAAAAGCUGUUGGGAUAAUCAUAGGAAUUGCAGAUUGGCACAUAGCGCCAUCUAUUGGUCCAAUAAGCAAUCAGGAUAAUUUACAUUAUAAUUUACUGACAAAAUAAUAGGUUACUUUAUGUUGAAUUUAUUCCCCCACAUAGCUCAAAUGAAUGCUUAACAUAACAAAUGUUUUUUUAUUUGAUUCAUACCAGAAGUAUGAAGAAGAGCCCACAUCUUCAAGGUCGAUGUCUUUGCCUCUUUUGGGGAGAAAAACACCAACAUUACAGAAUAGAUUUGGUGGCCGAAGAUUCUGCAUCUCUACGGUGUAAUCUGAAAGGAACUGACCAGCUGCAUGAAUGAUCUCCAUCACCUCAAGAUACAUUCGGCAACAAGCUCCUCCUCCAUGAAGAUUUACUGGAUAGGAAGCUUUUGCUGACAGGGGCUGCUGUUACCACAGAUAUAUGGUAAAACAUAAUUUGAGUUCUAUAAUGGUUAUAAAACUUGAAUUAAUGAUUGUCUUAAGUGCUGCCUUUAAAACCAAAGAGGGUGUCACUCCCUUCUAUUCAAGGAGUUGGUUACGUCAUUCAUUUGUCUGCCAAAAUACAUAAUCUAGUGCAGGAUUGGACAGUUGUAAGGUAUAUCAAGGCAACUGUGUAAUUUGUUUUUAUGACAAACUAUAUUUAUUUAUCUGCAGGCUUUUAGGCGUUUAGUUUAAAUCCUUUUAAAAUUGUAUGAAUGAAAUUCAAAUGUGUCCUUUUGAACAGGUUUGGGGUCAAUUCUAUUUGACUUACAGUCAAUUCAGGAAGUACACUGAAAUUCCAAUUCUCUCCAAUGUUUUUCAAUGAGGAAAAUGUGGAAUUGGGUUUGCUUUCUUAAUUGACUAGAAUUGAAAUGGAAUUGACGUCAACCCUGCUUUUUAAGUAUUUUGAUGCUCAGCCACUGCAUGUCAUAUGUACAGUGAGUGCAUUAACUACCCAACUCUGUGGAAAGAAGGGCAUCAUCUUAAUGUUGUAUUUACUCUGCGAGUUUGGGCUGUGAUAAACUAUUAGUAGCAUACAAUGCUGAUUACCCUUGAUGUUCUGCAACAAGAUGAAAGAUGACAAAAACCCAUCACUCAUGGAAUGUUUUAUCGAACCCCAGGUUGGGAGAGAAAAUAUUCCCACCUGUAGCUGGUAAUAAUGUGUGGGAUGGGUCGGUAGUCUGUGAUAUAUCUCAGUGUCAGGGGGCUGUCACCCCAUGUUCAGAGAGUAUGGGGUGUGAUCAACAACCGAACAAACAUGCUGUCCAGGGGUUGGGGCAAGGAGAAGUACACAGAGCAUCAAUCAAACUCCAUCUGUGAGGAGCAGAUACCGCAGCACACAUGCCUCUACGCUCAGCUCUGCUCAGCUAACCUCUCUCAACACCCAGCCCUCUUCUGUUUUGUGCCAUUUCAGUCCAACAUUUUGAUUAAAAAGAGGUUGCUGGUUCAUACAUUCCUAUGCUUUGUCCAAAGCUUACUGCCAAGUGCAGAGGUGCCAAUAAUACACCAACGUCAAAGACAAAGUUGGCAAAUGCAUAUCUCGCAUCAUGUCACUCUGUUGAAGUAAUGUUCAAAUCAAAUCACAUUUUAUUUGCCACAUGCACCCAAUACAACAGGUGUAGACAUUACAGUGAAAUGCUUACUUACAAGCCCUUAACCAACAAUGCAGUUUUAAGAAAAAAAAAUUAAAAAGUGUUAAGUAAAAAAUAGAUAAGUAAAAAAUAAUUAAAGAGGUGGGGGUGGGAGGGACAAUGCAAAUAGUCCGGGUAGCCAUGAUUAGCUGUUCAGUAGUCUUAUGGCUUGGGGGUAGAAGCGGUUAAUAAGCAUUUUGGACCUAGACUUGGCGCUCCGGUACCGCUUGCCGUGCGGUAGCAGAGAGAACAGUCUAUGACUAGGGUGGCUGGAGUCUUUGACAAUUUUUAGGGCCUUCCUCUGACAACGCCUGGUAUAGAGGUCCUGGAUGGCAGGAAGCUUGGCCCCAGUGAUGUACUGGGCCGUACGCACUACCCUCUGUAGUGCCUUGCGGUCGGAGGCCGAGCAGUUGCCAUACCAGGUGGUGAUGCAACCAGUCAGGAUGCUCUCGAUGGUGCAGCUGUAUAACUUUUUGAGGAACUGAGGACCUAUGCCAAAUCUUUUCAGUCUCCUGAGGGGGAAUAGGCUUUGUCGUGCCCUCUUCACGACUGUCUUGGUGUGUUUGGACCAUGAUAGUUUGUUGGUGAUGUGGACACCAAGGAACUUGAAGCUCUCAACCUGUCCCACUACAUCCCUGUCGAUGAGAAUGGGUGCGUGCUCAGUCCUCUUUUUUUCCUCAUAGUCCACAAUCAUCUCCUUUGUCUUGAUCACGUUGAGGGAGAGGUUGUUAUCCUGGCACCACACGGCCAGGUCUUUGACCUCCUCCCUAUAGGCUGUCUCAUCAUUGUCGGUGAUCAGGCCUACCAUUGUUGUGUCAUCGGCAAACUUAAAUGAUGGUGUUGGAGUCGUGUUGAGCCCAGUGUAACGUCAACUCCUGUUCCAGGCCUCUAAAUGCUUGUUGGGAGCAUUUCCUCCUUCAGUUGCACCAGGGUAUGACUGACUGCCUGAUUUUUGACAGCAUGACUUUUGGACAAAUCCCCUCACAUCUGCUGCUCCCCUCAUACAGCAGUGGUUGGCAUGGGCUUGGACUGGGCAGCAAUACAUUGUUUAUGGCUGCUGGGCUAUCCUUGGCUGUUCCCCCUGCACAACAUUUUAUCAGGCUUGAAUGUUUUCCUUCUUAGCUGGUGCUAUGGGUAAAUGAGAACCCCACAUAAAACACUGUAAUCAAUGCCAAUGUCACAGAUUGUUCAAAAUCAACAUGGAGACAGAAGCUGUUGCCCAUUUCGAAUGGCAUUCAGAAUAAAACAAAAUAAUCAUUGAGAUCCAUGGUCUCAAUAAAGUAUCCAUUGUUGCUGUAGCAUGCAGAGUAUUUGACAACUCCUACACCCAAAGGCGAGAACUCCUGGUACCAAACAACUACCACUGUUCCUUAAUUAAGGGCAAGCUCUGAAGCAGAAAUAAUGUUAUCAGGCCUCAAUCUCAUUAUCAGUUUAAUUAAGAAAUAAAUGUGCUGGAACAAACAUAGGUGAUAUGUAAUCGACAGUGUCAGAGUGAGGGGUGGAACACAGGACAUAUUUCAUUCAUGGUUAUUCAUAGAUAUUCUGUUGGUUUAAGAAUCCUUGUUUUCAUCCAUUGUAACAACUGUCUUAUUAACUGUUACGGAUAUAACAAUAUAAUGAAUCUCUGUAGUUAUAAUGGUAUUUUACUUAAAAGGUACAAUAAUACCACCUAUCAUAUAACAGUACGGUAAUAACCAAAACAAAGACAUACCGCACUACAACUGUAAAUUGGCAAUAAAUACAAAUGAAGGUUAAUGACAGUGAAAUAUUGCCAUUUUUAUUGGGGCUGUAUUUUUUCCUGGCACCCUGUAAUGGUAAUGACAGACAUUAUUCCAUCCAAUAAAACAGUAAAAUUCGUGGAUACUUGUCCAGAUCUGAUUUUCAACAAGAUUCUAUAUUUAUGGUGAAGCAGCUGAUGGCAAUAGCAUAUUGAAGUUGUACUGUUCAAUGUCAACACUGACAGUGGUCAAAUCCAGAAAGAAAUCACUUAUGAGUAUUCAGAUACAAUUUGCACUUGCAUUAAAAUGUGUAGGCUAUCUUAAGGCGUUACAAAUACUUAACAGUUGCAUUUCCCUGCAUUUUAUUUUAAUUUUAAAAAAAUCCGUAUUCAAGAAUCACAAAAUAUUUCCUUUGUUUUGUAGCUAUGGGAAAAUAUGGAAAAACCUGGUUUUAAUGACUAUGGGGAAAACAAUCAAUUGUGGCCAUUCUGGUACAUUGCCCUCAGUGUCCACUAGGUAGCAGACAACUUCCUUGUUUCACUCCUACAGCUACAGGGCACACGGAGCGUGCAUGAUUAACACGGUCAUCACAAAUGUUAAAGAUUAUACAUUAGAAUAAAAAGAUGAGUCUAAAUCUUUCAUUGAUAUCAUCAUUGUACAUUUAAAUAAAGGUAUACUAUUCAGCUGAAUAAUUUACUCUGAAUCAUUGCUCUUAAUCAGCUUGCCCGGCCUAUCCAGUUUAUUCUGGUAAAACCACAAAAACCGAUCCUGGAUCAGUUAACGGCUACACGAGCAGUUCAGACUUCUAAUCACGUGGUGCAGUAGCUUCCUUUCUUCUCAGAACCAAGGAGAGAAUACUUCGCAAAAUGGAGGUGAUAAAUGUUGAUUGUUUAUCAAUGUCUGCAUAUAUUUGCGUUGCAUGUAACAAUGUAAAGUGUAUUAUGAGCAAACAGGUCUUUGAAAAUGAUACAGCGACAUAAAAUGUGCAAAUUAUUCUAAGCGCAAUUUUAGGAAGGCAACAUUAACGUUAGCUAGCUAACGUUAGCGCAGCGGCGUUUCUGAACAUUUGGCUAGCAAAAUUGUAUCAUGCCAGUCAGAGUUCUACGGUUACAAUGUUGCAGUAAUGAUGGUUUAUAGAAUGUCUCCACAUUUCAACAAGUACUUCAAUAUAUCAUUAAUUGGCACAUAGGCCUAAAAUGUAGGACAGGCCAAACCUUACCUACCGAUUGUAACACCAGAUAAUGUGAUAUAACCCCCAAAAAUGUGUUUCCAUUAUACUGGGAGUUACAGGUUAGGUAGGUAACGUUACUGUUUGGUGUAGCUCAGAUAAUUUUCGACCAACCUUACUGCUUGGCGAUACUGGCUUUGCCCUCGAUUCGUCGAAAUAGGGGUCUCAUAAAAUGUCCAGUUGCAGGGGGUCUGUUUGAAUUUAGAAAAUGCUCUGUUAUUAAAAAUAAAAUGUUUUGUUCCAUAAAUGAAUCCAACAAUGUGUACCCCGCCAUCUUGCCUAUUUCAAGUCUUCGCUCAUUGAUUGAGACAGAUGGGUCCACCCCAAAGUGCCGCAUGUCAUGACAGACCCCUGUCUCGAUCAACGAGAGAAGACUUGAAAUAUACAAGAUGGCGGCGUACAUGUUGUUGGAUUACUUCAUGGAGUAAUUUUAUUUUAAUAACGGAGCAUUUUCUAAAUUCAAACGGACCCCCUGCAACUGGACAUUUUAUGAGACUCCUGUUCCCACAAAUCGAAGACGAAGACCGUAUUGCUAAGGUUGGUCAAAUUAUGUGCUACACCAAAUGGUACCUAACCUGUAACUCCCAGUAUAAUGGAUACUACAAUUGUUUGGUUAAAUCACAUUAUCCAGUUUUACAAUCUGUAGCUAAAGAUUAGCCUGCCCUACAUUUUAGGUCUAUGUAUCCCAAUGAAUGAUACAUUCAAACACUUGUUGAAAUUUGGAGACAUUCCAUCAUCAUUCUACAAACCAAGAUUACUGCAACAUUGUAACUGUAGAACUCUGUGACUGGCAUGAUGCAAUUUAGCUUGCUAAAUGUUCAGAAAUGCAGCUGUGCUAAAGUUAGCUAGCUAAUGUUGCCUUCCUCAAAAUGCGUUUAGAAUCGUCUGCAUUUUGUCACUGCAUAAUGUUCAAAGACCUGUUUGUUCAAUAGUUGUUGCAUGCAUUGUUUUAUAAAGUAAGGAAUUGGCUACAUAAUAAUAUUUGCAUUAUAAAAUGUAUUAUAAUGCUUUUAAAAUGGCAAAAUUGUUUUCCCUAGAAUGUCCAAGAGUCUUGGCUAAUGAGAAAAUUCUAUCUCAGUACAUUUACACUUAAGAUAUUGCAAUCUAGGUUACUACACUGUAAAAUGUUUGAAAUAAGAUGGUAUAGUCUGUUGUUCAUACAAUUACAUUGUUGUGUGACAUGCAUACCUGUUUUGAAUCAUUUUAAAAGGGACAUGAAGCAAGGGAGCCUGAACAGCUCAGGAAGCUGUUCAUUGGGGGCCUAAGUUUUGAAACCACAGAGGAAAGUUUAAGGAUCCAUUUUGAACAAUGGGGAAACCUCACAGACAGUGUGGUAUGUAUGCAUUUCACAAGUGUCUAGUAUUUCUAUGAGGCCUGCCAAAGUCUUAAAGUAAUGUGAGAUAAUACGUUGGUUUCAUGUAGGUGAUGCGGGACCCAAACAACAAGCGCUCGAGAGGGUUCGGCUUUGUAACAUACUCCUGUGUGGAGGAGGUGGAUGCCUGUAUGGCAGCUCGCCCUCAUAAGGUGGACGGACGUGUUGUUGAACCUAAAAGGGCUGUAUCGAGAGAGGUAAGCAAACUGCUUCACAUUCACGUGCAUUUGCGAUUGUCAAAGUGUGACAAGUGUGUGCUCACUGCUCAGUUCUCUUCUGUCACAGGACUCUAAUAGACCAGGUGCCCACCUGACGGUGAAGAAGAUCUUUGUUGGGGGGAUCAAGGAGGACACACAGGAGGACCAUAUCAGGGAGUACUUUGAGAGCUACGGGAGGAUUGAGACCAUUGACAUUAUGGAAGAACGCGCAACUGGGAAAAAGAGGGGUUUCUGCUUUGUCUCAUUUGAUGACAAUGACACUGUGGAUAAAAUUGUUGGUGCGUAUGGGGUUGUUGCAGCUUUGAAUUGCUCACUUUUAAAUAUCAGUAAACAUUCCUUUUGCUAAGUAUUUGCCUUGUUUUCUUUUCAGCUCAAAAAUACCACACAAUAAACAGCCACAACUGCGAAGUCAGAAAAGCACUCCCAAAACAGGAAAUGAUGGAGGCGUCCAAUCAGAGGAGUAAACAUAAUAACCCAUCUUUAUUUGUCCAAAUGUAUGACUGUUUUAGAGUGGCACAAAUAGAAUGUACUUCAGUGUCAAUAAUGGCAUUUUCUUUUUAGGUAGGGGUGGUGGCUCUGGAAACUUCAUGGGUAGAGGUGGCAACUCUGGUGGUGGCAACUUUGGUCAAGGUAAGUCCCUUUCACAUUUGAUAUGUGGAUACAUUUGGAACAGUAAUCACACCAGCAAUGUAAACUUAGUUAUCUUGUGUGUUACAGGAGGCUACGGUGGCGGAAGAGGAGGGGAUGGAUACAAUGGAUAUGGAGGAGAGGGUAAGUAUUUCUGUAGUGGAUCGUUAGAUAAGGAGUGGUCACUUGAAGAUGCAUUUCUAAAAGAGAGCUUACUAUAAUCUGAGUGCUCUGCUUUUGUCUUUUUUCUGAUCUGAGUUGUUUGUAACCUUUCUGUCCAGGUGGAAACUACAGUGGGGGACCUGGCUACAGAGGUGGACGUGGUGGCGGGUAUGGGGGAGGAAGUCCUGGGUAUGGAAACCAGGGAGGAGGCUUUGGAGGAGAAUAUGAUAACUACAAUGACAGAGGCAACUUCAGGGGUACGAAUGCCUGUUUUAGCCAGUAUAUAUUGUCAUGACACAUGAUCUGUUCUUUGAAUGAGCUGAACCCACAGUCAUUGGAUGUGAUGUCUGCUAUUAACCUAAAAACAAAUCCCUGUGGCUCGUAGGGAACUUUGGUGGUGGAAGAGGUGGAAAUUACAAUGACUUUGGUAACUACGGAGGACCGCAAUCCAGCUAUGGCCCCAUGAAGGGGAACAACUUUGGUGGCAGAAACACUGGUGGUGGCCCCUAUGGAGGUGAGUAUUCCCUCGCUGAGCUGGAUGAGGCGAUGUGCUGUCUGAUGUUGUGAUUACACAACCCUCAUCUGUCAAUCAUUGUUCAUUCUAGGUGGCUAUGGCUCAGGCGGUGGAAGUGGGCAUGGCUAUGGCUCACAGCGAUAUUGAUACUAUGAUGCUAGGGUAAGUUCCGUUUGAAAAUACUGUGUAUACCUGACUGUAUAGUACAGCAUGAGGCCACGCAACACUAGAAUAACUAUUUGUUUUAUCCUGUAUCCAUUCAACAGGCUUCAGUUCUUAGCAGGAGAGGAGAUGAGCAAGGAUUUGUCAGGAAAGCAGCAGGUUACUGUACUUUUAGGCAGUCGUCUGAAAGCAUUUAGAGGAACAGAAGUCAGAAAGUUACUGCAGCUUUAACGGGAGACUAAUCCUAAGAAAGACUGUACACACAAACUACAAAGUGCAAGGGUGUAGCUAGUACCUUAUUUGUGGUAGAUGUUCCCCCACUUUAUAAUUGUUCCUUUUGUGCAUCUGAAGUGUAUGUAUUGUUGUGCCUGUGGAAUCAGGAGUAAAAUAAUAAAAUAAUUUCGAACUCCAGUCAGUUUUGAAUAGUCCUACAUUUAUUUUGCUGUAGAUUGAUAGAUUUUCUAUGGUCUUCUCAUAUUUGUCGUUUUGAAGAACUUGGUCCUGUCAAAAGGGCGUAUACGCAUCAGGCCCUCAAAUUAGCUAGAGCUGUCCUUUUUUCUUCUUCUUUGAAGUUAAUAUGAUUGCAAGUCUUUGUAUCAAGUGUAUUAUGAUUUGUAUUUCAAGAACCCUAUGUAUUUCAUUAGUGACAAGUGGUUAUAAGUAGUGCAGACAACAAUUUAAGGAAAUGUGUUUUACGCUACUUGUAUGCAGUAAACAGAAUUAUAGAUUGUGAAAAUAUUUUGACAAGUGGAAAAAACAUUUAAUAAAGUUGUGUAGUAAAGUAUUUUGAAGUAUAGUGCAUCAUUGGCUCAGAGAGUUUGAAGGAUUGGAUUCUUGUCAUGUGUCAUUACAAAUCAAGUGUAGCAAAUCAAUAUUCCUCAGAAGUAUGUUUUGUUUUCUCUGAACUUCUUUGAAAGCAUCUUUUUUUUCUGCCUGGAUGGAAAGGGAGUCUUGGCUAGUCCUAGGGCGAGGGACACGCAUCGCCUAGCCAGGAUUGCACUAGUAGGAUUGUUACAGCUACAAGCCACUUCAGUUGGGCCUCAGCGGGUCAGUAUGGAAGAUUGCAGAGUAUUUUUUCAGACAGGACCUCUUCAGCCCCAG